CUCACUCCACCUCUCCCCAUACUCCAUUCACCUGGAGGACCCCUCGUGCAGUGGCUACAUCUCAGGGCAGUACCUGGUCCUGCACAGCGAUCUGCAUGCCUGUGGCACCAGGGCCGAGGUGCAGGGCGACACCAUCGUCUACACGAACACAGCGUAUGGCUACGUGCCCGGUACCAAGGCCAAGAAACUGCGCAUCCCCUUGCACUGUCAAAUCGGCUCCACUGGCAGCGUCGUAGCGAGCUUUGCACCCAGGGUGCACGACAGGUACAGCUCAGGCAAUUUCGAAUUGAGCAUCCAGCUGUACAUGGACGAGAGCUUCUCGCAGCCCGUCUACUCAUACCCACUGGAGGUGGAUCUCGGGAGCCGGAUCUACACAGAGGUGCUGCUCGUCUCCUACAUCGGCAGCCUGCAGCUCUUCCUCGAGACGUGCAAGGCGUCCCCCUACAUUGGCGCGGACGACAGCAACUCCUACUUCAUCAUUAGACACGGAUGUCAAGAGGACCCAUCCUACAACAACUACUACAGCGGUGACAACAAGAGACAGCACUUCAGCUUCCAGAGCGUUGAGUUCUUCGCCGGCUCUCAGGUGUACCUGGAGUGCUCCGUACGCGUUUGUGACUCUUCCGACCGGUACUCGCGGUGCCAGCGAGGGUGCGUGCGCUCCAAACGGUCCGUGCGCGACCUCUCCGGCCAGAAAAAGUACGCCGAGCACAACGUGGGCCUCUCCCAGGGCCCCCUACUGCUCCACAAGGCGCGCCAGGCUUCUGGGGUGCUGAGCUCGCUGGCGGGCAUGGUGUACGCCCUGGCUGCCGCCCUGGCCGUCGCUGCCGUGUGCGUGGCCGCAGUGAAAGUCUACCGCCACCGCGCCGCAGGGCCCCAGUAUCACCACGUCGUCACCAACGACGAAUUCGCGACCUGAUGGAAUGGAGCCGUUGGAUUCCAUUGUCGACAUGAAUUUGUUUUAGUUUGUGCUGGGGUUUUUUUUAUCAGUCGAAUCCACGACUUUACCGAUACGUUCAACAAAUUAGUUGGUGAUGCUGCUGAUUCUGCUAUGUUGACAGUGGGACAUGAGCACAGCUUGCAACAGCAAAACUUUAACGCAUUAGUCAAUAAGACCUCUGUGGCUUUAAAAGGAAAACCAUAAUACGUGACGUUUCAGGGCAUUCUUCUGUGGCCAUUGUCCAAAAAUGCCCUAUUAUAUUUUUAUUACAUUUAAAGCCACAGUUAUUGACAUGUGUUGAGUUUAUUUUGUUACCUAUAUAAUUCACCUUUUUAAAACUACAAUAAUCUGGAGGGUUAUAGCUGAUGCAUGGUGCAGAAAAUGUAGAGCAAAUGCAUAGAUGUCAUCUCCCUCAUUUAAUGUGCAGGUCGUGGGUUCGAUCACGACCCUGACACCUGGAUAUUUGGGGUUUUGAAUGUGCUCCCCGUGGUCGGGUGGAUGUUUCUCCAGAUCACCCGAUUUUUUCCUUCACAUUUACAAACAUAUAGUAAUUGGCUGCUUUAAAUUUCCACAUGAUAAGCCACUUCGUUGAGCUCUAUAGCUCAGCGGGCCUUGGUAAAAUACAAAUAGUUUAAAAGUCUAAUCGGUUUCUGUUUCAUUCGAAAUCUCCCCCAUUCUCCCAAGAAUAAUACGCCCCGCUAGAAAGGGAUGACAGUGAAUGUGGUUCUCCCCUCCCUGACGACCUCAAACAGUUGUCGAGGGCAGUGUUUUUUAGGUGACACCGAGACCACGAGGCUACGGGACAGACCGGGAGCUCGAUAGCAGCCACCAGGAUCGUUUGAAUGGCGUUCACGUCAAGUGUGCUCUGUAACCUUUGACAUAAAAGCAUAAAGAGAUAAAAGAAAUGGGGACUAUUGCGUGGAGAUUGAUGCGAUAAAGGCUGUACAGUAAAACUAACUAGAAACCGAUUUGAUCCUAGAUUAUAGAGGAAUUAAGAUGGUAAAGGAAGGGGUCGAUGCUAGCAAAUUGGUUUGUGUACUGCACCUAUGGACCUGACCUCCCAAGUUAGAUUCCCGGCUAUGGCUAACAUCAGUGUGAUGGGCCGCCACCCCUUCACCAACCCACACUGACCAGCGUGGUGAAGUAUGGCUAAACAACACCCAUAACUGACACAGUGUGGAGACAAGGAGCUACGUAAUCAAGAUUUCACUUGUCCUACGACGAGCAUCUUGACCACUGGACAUCAUUUGUUCUACUUUGAUGCAAAUGUCUAUAUAUCUUUGCUAUACGGCUGAUUGUUGAUUUUUUUGUUUACCUAGGUUUGGUCUGGCUAUACUUUUGAUUUUCACAAUUUACAGGUUUAAGGACUGUUGUGUUUUCCCUUAAGUGAAUAGUAGCAGUACUUAAAACCAAAUAAAAGGAUCGAACGGGUGGUGUGCCGUUGUGUUGCGAGCUUGCGGUGUGUCUGCCGAGUU